ACUCAGAAAAAUUAAUCAUGACUCUCGAGUCAGUAAAAAGAGUUGUUCAAAAGGAACGAAUCGUUUGGGAAUUGUACAUCACUACACACAGCACUCUGAGAUUGAUUGCCCACAAGAGCGCACUCACCGCAUCCAGGUUAGGAACCAAUUUCGGCUACUGGACGCUUACUGGUGAUAUUGCUGCUUCCACUAUACUUUAUCAGGCGUGAAUUAAAGUCUAGCCUAACCUUACACUUGGGUAAUAUUUUUUGGGAGACACAGUAACCUUUUGAUGGAGUUUAUGGAAGAUGCAAUCGUUUGUUCUCCUUGCUUCUCUAUGUGGAUGCGUCCUCUGCUCAGGCUGGCCUUUUCAGAUGCAGUGUUACCACUGUGAAGAGACUCUGUUGGACAAUGACUGUUCAGCUCCAAAGUUCAUUGUCAACUGCACAGCAAACAUCCAGAAUGCCUGUCAGAAGGAGGUGAUUGUGGGUGAAAAUGGUGUGUCCUACAGGAAGACCUGUGCCUCUUUCUCCACCUGUCUGAUCGUAUCAGCAGGGUAUCAGUCGUUCUGCGUCCCGGGUCGGGUGGGCUCUGUCUGCAUCAGCUGCUGUAACACCCCCCUCUGCAACGGACCCCGCCCCCCCAGGAUUUCCCUGGCCCCCACCCAUCCUCCCACUAGACCCACUACUCUCCUCAUCAUCACUGUUGCCAUGGGAACACUUCCCUGAUGUGGACACUAGUAUUGGCUGGAUUGGAUAGAAGGUUCUCAGAUGUGGAGAUGCCUUGCGUUGGAGCCAACAGACACUGCCCUGAGAGAUGACUGGAAAAACAAGGUCUACUGUGGACAGAGAUUCUACAAUCUACCAACAGGGCUGACUGACACAUAUGGCUCCAAUGACCAAAAAGAGUGACAAACAGAAGUGAAAUUGGUCUACAAAGAUAACAUAUAUAAUUGUUUUAAGAUGCUCAAACCAUGGAUCAAUAAGCAAUUUGAUUUUGAAUUUUAGAACCACUAUGUAUCAAAAAAUAUAUUUAAAAAAUAAAAUAUUGAAUUUGGCCUUUACUACUAUAGCCCAUAGAAACACAUUGAAUAACACAUUCAUACAUGGCAAAAAAAAAGAUAAAUAAAUCAUAAGGAAUAUGG